AUUUUAUAUUUAUGAACGUGAAUAGUGAAGUGGAGGUGGAUGUCAUUAGAAUCAGCUGCUGUUUUGUAGGUUAGAAACAUCAAACGUUUCCUAGACGUUUAUUUAUUAUAAUAGUGAUAUUUAUUUAUUUAUAAAUAAAUAGUGAAUUAAAAUGCCGAAAGUUGUUUCAAGAAGUAUAAUAUGUUCGGACACUAAAGAUCAGGAGGAAUAUGGAGAAGAAAAACCAUUGUUGACUUAUUAUUGUUUAUGUGGACAAAUGACACUAAUUUUGGAUUGUGCGAUUGAAAAAUUACCGCUGCGCAAACGUGACGGAGCUCGUGUAAUUGAUGGAAGUAAACAUGCUCAUAAAAUGAUAAGUGAAACUGAUGAAAUUGUAUUUUUGAAACGGUCUGAAGGUAUUGAAAAACAACACAGACAAAAAUGUAAAAAAUGCGGGCUCUUGCUGUAUUACAAACAUGAUCCGACAGCAAACAUUGUCUUUAUCGUAAAAGGCUCCGUGAUAAAGAGUUCUGGUGAAGGUCCGAUGACUGAUAUUUAUAAUCAAGUAGAAGUUGAAAAACCUAAAAAAAUAAUGGUUACCAAACACACUAAAAAUAUGGGUAAAUUUAGUUCUGUUACUGUUUCAACUAUUGAUGAAGAAGAGGAUGAAAUUGAAGCUCGCGAAGUUGCUGAUUCUUAUGCAAACAAUGCACGUAUCAUUGAAAAACAAUUAGAAAGAAAAGGAAUGACUAAAAGAAAAACUGUCCCAGUACCUGAUACUGAUCCUAUCAAAAGAACUAGACCACGAGGAACUUUAUUAGAUGUUUAAUAAAUUACUCAUAAUAUUUUAAAUAUCAC